UUGCUGCUGCUAUGUCUGCUUCUGUCAAACGCGUGUUUAAACGUCAACAGUUCGCUGCGCGCGGCACUCCGUUCGCGGGUCCGCUCCGGGCCGCACCGUAUGCCUCGCGCGAGCUGCUCGCUGCCGUCCUGGCCGUAGCCGCGAGCUUCACGACGUGCAACCCCGCGCCGCCGACAUGGAGCACCAGUACGAAAACCUCAGGAACUCCCUAACCAAGCACGGGCAGGAGCAUCUGCUGCGCUUUUGGCCCCAGCUGGACGACACCCGCCGGGAGGAGCUGUUGCGCGACAUCCAGAGCGUGGACGUGGAGGAGGUAUGCGCGUACUUCGCGCGGACGGUGCGGACGCUCGAGGAACAGCAGCAGAAGUUGGACGACAGGAUGCAGCCCAUUCCGCCGGAGCUGUCCGGGUCUCUGCAGCGCAGCUCCCCGCAGGAGCUUGAGACGUACCGGGCCGAGGGGUUGGGGCUCAUUGCCUCGGGGAAGGUCGGGGUGCUGCUGAUGGCAGGCGGACAGGGCACGCGCCUCGGGGUGGACUUCCCCAAGGGUAUGUACGACAUUGGGCUGCCCUCACACAAGCCACUCUUCCAGAUUCAGGCUGAGCGCAUCAGGAGGGUGGAGCAGCUGGCCCAGGAAGCUACAGGGAAGAAGGGGUGUGUAACCUGGUACAUCAUGACAAGUGGACAGACAAUGGAGCCCACUCUUGCUUUCAUGCGCAAGCACAAGUACUUUGGGCUGAACAGCGCCAAUGUCAAGCUGUUUGAACAGGGAAUGCUGCCAUGCUUUUCUAUGGAUGGCAACAUCAUUCUGGAUUCUCCAAGCCGUUUGUCAAAGGCUCCUGAUGGUAAUGGUGGUAUAUACCGUGCUCUGAGGGACUGUGGCAUGUUGGAUGACAUUGAGCAGCGUGGUAUCUGCUGUUUACAUGCACACAGUGUGGACAAUAUUCUUGUUCAAGUAGCUGAUCCUAUUUUCAUAGGAUAUUGCAGCCUCAAAGGCGCACAAUGUGGUGUUAAGGUUGUUCCCAAGGCCUAUCCAACAGAAGCUGUUGGGGUUGUCUGUAGUGUCGAUGGAAAAUACCAAGUUGUGGAGUACAAUGAAAUCACUCAAGCCACUGCAGAACGCCGUAAUGAAGAUGGAGAGCUUACUUUCAGUGCAGGUAGCAUUUGUAACCACUACUUUUCCUCGCAAUUUCUGAGAGGUUUUUUGAAUGACCAUGAGAAGUCUCUUCCUCUUCAUAUAGCAAAGAAAAAGAUUCCUUAUGUGGACGAGAAUGGAGUUCAGGUUAAGCCAGAUAAACCAAAUGGCAUAAAAAUGGAAAAAUUUGUUUUUGAUGUUUUUCCGUUUACUGAUAGUCUUGUUGUCUGGGAAGUGUUGCGCAAUGAAGAAUUCAGUCCCGUUAAAAAUGCUGAUUCUGCUGAAAAGGAUUGCCCACGCACAGCUAGGCAAGAUAUUAUCAAUCUCCACAUUAGCUAUGUGGAAAAAGCGGGUGGUAAAAUCUUACCCGGGCCUGAUGGGUCUACUGUUUGUGAGAUCUCACCUCUUCUGUCCUAUGGUGGUGAGGGGCUUGAAGACUUGGUUAAAGGGAAGACUUUCACUUCACCUCAUGUUCUUCUGGCGCCUGGUGAGGAACUGGUUGUAAAUGGAAAAGCCAAUGGGGUGGCGUGUGGAACUGUGAAUAGAGUCAAUGGUGUGUCCAAUGGGAUAUCAAAUGGUGUUCACUAAAAUAUACAUAAUGUGUGGGACUUUUCCAAAUUUUUAUUACCCUGGGUUGUAAUAUAUUGGAAGCGCUACUGCCAAUUUUCUUUCAAUUUGACUGACAUGAGUGUCACAUUAUUGUUCUGACUAACAGUGACAGUGAGCUGUGGCCAGUGCCUCAGAUUUCAAGUAGACCAAUGAUUCUACUACAUGUGACCAUUAUUAUAUUAAAGCCUUUCAAAUGGGCAAAUUUUAAAUCAGGGUUCAACAAAAUAAAGAAUAAAGUAUCUGUCUAUAAAUUUUAGCCUAUGUUUGGUAAGGCUUGUCUGUGAUUCCUAUUUUUCUAUCUAUAAUAGCUCAUUUGCCCUUUGAAGGAAUGUUUUGGUAGUGUCCAUGAGAUGGGGAACUUGGCCUGCAAAGUGUUCCUAAAAUCCAUCCAUCAGUUGUCCAGUAGAUGUGCUCGUGACUUAUGGGAAUAACGACUGGGUUACUGAAUUAUAAUGAGUGUUUUAAAUCAAUAGUAAGUGGUGAUAUUAUUUGAAAUCAAUUGUGAUAGGUCAGGCUGGCUUCUAGGCUGGCUGUGCCGGCCAAUAACAGCCAAUUUUUAUUUUUUGGUUUUGCUUCAAACAUUUUUUUAAAUUUUGUGUCUAUCCCUCCUUCCCAAUGGUUAAGAAAAUAACAAGUAGAAAUUUCACAUCACUUGGAGCUUAUAAGUUUUGUAUUUGACUGGAGACAGUUUGAUUUUGUUGAUGGUUUUUCUUUCUUCUUAAAAAGAAUGUAUGCAUCUCCUUGAAUUUGUAUCUACCUUUUCUCUGGCUGGCCAGGAUUUGUAGAUUCAUAAUUUAGUUUUACACUGGAAAUCAAUUAAGUAUUUGAAUUUGCCGUUAAGUGAAACACCAUGAUUUGCAUGUUUCAGGUUGUGUCUAUGAAUUUAUAUCUGUCAGUGUUGGUUUUGACAUUUAGAAUAUUGUGAUAUCUUUGUAGUUUGUUUUAUUGCCAAGCACUGUCAUUAAUUUAAAUGAAAGUAUCACAAAUUCUUCCUGAAAGCUUCCAUAUUUUCUGUGAAAACUGAAAGUCUUUAUUGGAGAAAAGAUUUAAAAAUAUUACAAUAUUCUAAAUUUAGUCUAUUCUAAGUUAAAAUAUUCUGUUAAUUUGUGGUGCAGUACUCAGUAGAAAUUUUGAGUGUUUAGUAUAAUAUUUACUUGGGGAAUAUUUUAGGCAUUUAUUACAAGUGUAACAUUUUCAUUACUAAAGAGUUAUGUAUCUCAAUCAACUCAAAAUUGUUCCAUGUGUACGGAACAUACCCUUUCUUCUGAAUGCCACACCUCAGCGCAGCUUCUCAUGUGCUAGGCAUUUACCAGGAACAUGUCACUUGACACAUAGUUACUUUUGUUAUAAAUGUCUUUUAUACUUGUCAAACCCAUGUAUUGACUGCCUUAAUGAAAAUGAAAUCAUUGUUAUUGCCGUCUAAGCAAGUACUUCAAUUUUAUAGAAUCAAACAUAAUAAUUUGUAGUUACCAUGUGUGUGUGUGUGUGUGUGUGUGUGUAUGGAUAUGUGUGUAUGUAUGUAUACAUAUGUGUGUGAGACGUACCUAGGGUUGAGGCGGAAACCAACUUAUUGAUACUUAAAGACAAUUUGAAAUUGAAUGUUCUCAUUUAUGACUGUUACAAAGUAUUCACGAUUUUUUUUGUUAUUUUUGUUUUAGAACAUCCGUACUAUGUGCAUAUAGCCCAUUGUUUUUACAGACAAAAAUAUAUUAUAUUUUAAUUAC